GCAAAAAUGAGAAACGCUUUAGUAAUCAUCACGCUCGGCGUAUUCAGUUGGACCGACGCGGUGGAUUUUCACAUAACGAAUAAAGCGGGCGGACCAAUAUGGAUCGGAAUCCAGGGGAAUUCCGGCAAACCUACCCUGAAAAAUGGAGGAUUUGCACUUAACCAAGGCCAAACGGAAACGGUUGGGGCACCUGACGAUUGGGCAGGAAGAUUCUGGGCAAGGACGUACUGUAAUCCCCAGAGCAACCACUGCUUGACAGGGGACUGCGGGAACAAGUUAGAAUGCGCAGGCGCAGGCGGCCAACCGCCAGCGACGCUCAUAGAAAUUACGCUCAAGGGUAGCGGGGGAUUGGACUUUUAUGACGUCUCUUUGGUCGACGGAUUCAACGUCGAAGGUUCGAUAGAGCCGGUGGGCGGCCAAGGCGAUAAUGGUCAGUACAGCUGCAAAAAAUCGAAGUGCGGUUCGGAUAUCAACUCCAAAUGCCCCCCGGAGCUCCAGGUGAAAGACGGCAACACGGUGAUAGGCUGCAAAUCGGCUUGCGCGGCUUUCAAUACCCCGGAGUACUGCUGCACGGGCAGCCAUAACUCGGAAGCAACUUGUAAAAGCAAGGAUUGGCCGAAAGAUUACCCGGCCCAGUUCAAAGCCGAAUGUCCCGACGCUUAUAGCUACGCAUUCGACGACCACAAGAGUACCUUUACCUGCAAGGCUUCGCAAUAUAACGUCGUCUUUGGCGGCGUCUAAUCUUUGCUUUGUACUACUGGUGUUAGCAAAAUAAUAAUUUGUAAUUAAAGCUGGGAAUAUGU